UUGAAGCUUUCUCUCCCUCGCCUUUAGUCUGUUCCCCCAAUCCCAUCCCCACAUCUAAUUUGCAAGCCGGCCGUGACCUACACUAGCAUUCUUGGAUGUCCAGAGAAAGUAUAUACAGGGAGAGAUUAGAUGAGAUAGCAAAGAAGUUGAAAACAGAAUUCGAUGCAUCGUCACAGAUGGGAAGGAGAAACAUGUUAGGUCCUCCAGGAACCUUGAAUACCAUUACUCCAUGUGCCGCUUGUAAGCUGCUCAGACGAAGAUGUGCGGAAGAAUGCCCUUUUUCUCCUUAUUUUUCCCCACAUGAACCCCAGAAAUUUGCUGCUGUUCACAAAGUUUUUGGUGCUAGCAACGUUUCCAAGAUGCUCAUGGAGGUCCCUGAGAAUCAAAGAGUUGAUGCUGCAAAUAGUUUGGUAUACGAAGCAAACGUGAGACUAAGAGAUCCAGUAUACGGAUGCAUGGGGGCAAUUUCAGCAUUGCAACAACAGGUUCAAUCUUUACAGGGCGAACUUCAUGCAGUUAGGAAUGAGAUACUGAGAUAUAAAUAUAGAGAGGCUGCAAAUAAUAUCAUAGCAUCUACUCAUGCUGCUUUGGUCUCCUCUGGAAAUCAUGUAUCUGUUGCUAUGAUGCCACAAGCUCCGGCUACUCCAACUCCCACCCCCGCUCCCGCUCCUUCUACUCCCACACCAGCUCCCGCACCACCUCCUCCACCACCGGCCCAACCUUCUGCUUCUCUUGUUGUUGUUUCCACCACUUCUUCUGCUCCUUCAGCUCCAUCUUUGUACACCCCACCUUCUAGCACAGCUAGUUUUAGCACUAUCACAAACAAUAAUAUACCCUUUUUCGAUUAAUCUAUCAAUUUCACCCACAGAUUUUUUUCCCAUCAUAUCUCUCCGUAUACGACUUCGUUUGAGCUGAAAAUUGCCUAUCAACAGAAGUAAAUGACCCAUUCAUUUAGUUAGGCAGCACGAGUCACAUUCUUAAGACAUCAAAAGUUAGGUCAAAGCCAAAGAGAAGAUAAAGAAACCGACCCUAUUAUCCUCAUCCUACACAGAAAAAUACCAGUGUACUAUUUGGCCUUAAAUAUUCGGAUUGUAGAUUCUUGUUUUUGUCUUUGCUUGACUUAGAUGAAUGGUGCCUGAUUAGAAAUAAAAAGAAAGAGGACUGAGGUUAAUGAAGCAUAAGCAAUGUGUUUAUUGAAGCCUUUUCCUAUUCUGUUUUUAUAUAUUUAUUUCAGGACUUUGUGUUUUUGUUUUUCUUUUCUCGUUCAAAAAGAACUUUUCUUGAAGAGACAAAUUCUUGUUAAACUAUCGGUACCUGCAACUACUGACCUUCAUUAGGGUUUCUGAAGGAAACUCCACCCUUUAUACAUCUACUGGGCUUUCCGUAUUUGCCGUCCCUUUGGGGUUGGAGUUGAUAGUAUCAGACCAGGUUUCUGUAACUAAAGAAAAAAAAUCCAAAUGGAAACUAGCUGGUUCCCAGAAUGAAAAUUCUGAAUUUCCGAGAGCUAGCUUGCCUUAAUUUUCCGAGGAGGCCUUUCUUUCCCCUGGUUUCAAAAACUUCAAACACGCGAAGAUCGAAUGGGAGCUUGCACGUGUGGGGUACAAGGACAAUGCCCUCAGUAGUGAACUACAAAUUGGAAGUCUGAAACUCUCUGCUGCUCAUACAUGCAAGUCUGUGCCCGUUAAAGGAACUUCAAGAUUAAGGAAUGCCAGAGACUCCAGAGAGGAGACAAAAAGUAUUGUACAUGUGCAAGAUCAGAAACAUGACCCCGAGUUCCGGUCAGAAUUGCAGUGCCGUAACGUUAUAUUAUUUUCCUCCUUUUUGUUUUCGUAUUGUGAAUUUUAUAUCAUUAUUCUCCCAAUAGAUUUUUGUAGUUUAGAUUCUUGUUCUUUUUUUUUUUUUUUUUGCCUGGAAUGUGAAAAAAUUUAUGCUACUUAUUGCCCAGGAUUUAGCUACAGCAAGCUUGUUCUACGCGAGUACUGAACUCGCAUCUAAGGUAUCGUACUAAGUUGGUGUGGCUGUGGCUGUGGCUGUGGUGGUAUAUAUGACAGAAAAUGC